UAAAAUCCCCGAGUAAUGUGGGCCCAUACGCUAAGCAAUCCUUAUCUCGACGUGAACGCCGAUCCAUGUGGCCACGUCAAAGGCUCCAACUUUGAUCACAAUCGACGGUUCAGAUCUCCCUUAACCCCAACAAGUUGUUCGACUUUUAACGCUCUGGCAUCGUUAAAUAUGACCUCUGUGGGGCGUAGUUGUAUCUCUUACUCCGAGAUCUGGUCAUCGUUGGGAUCUCCAUACGCCGGAUCUGCUAAAAUACGCUUGAUCCAUAUGGGCCUCCUCGACCACUUGUGGGACGACACCGUCGCCGGCCCAAGGCCGGAAAACGGUCUCGGCAAGCUCCGAAAACACCACACCUUCACUUUCCGACCUAGCUCCGGCAAGGAAACGGAGGGCGGGAGCGUGAGAUCGUACGGAGACGAAUCGUCGGAGGAAGCGACGAGAGUGACGCGUAGUAUCAUGAUCGUGAAACCGCCCGGGUACCAGAGUGGAUCGCCUCCGGUUUCUCCCGCCGGUUCUACUACUCCGAUUUCUCCGUUUUCCGGUAAGGAGGAAAAGAUUCGUUUCGGUUUCGAAGAAGGUCGGCAUCAGAUGCGUACGAGAAGAGAGGGCAGAACAGAUCAGGCCCUUCUUCUCCUUUCGAUGUGUGAGAAAUGAGAGUCGCAUUUUCUCGUACCCGAAAGCUGAGGAUGUAGUCUUUUGGCCUAUGCUGUAUUCAUUUUUGUUUAGAUCUCCGUUUGCAUGUAUGAAUGUAUGUAAGGAAUGAGUUGAGGUUAAGGUUGUGCCACAGUUCUGCCAGUUCACGCGAGGUAGCUUUUUGGUUUAGCUUCUUUAAGUCUUUACUUAGGUGAGCUGCGUAGUGGCUGGCAAAUUGUAAGUAAGAAAGUGUAAGGGUAGAGUAGCGGUGUAUCUUAUUAUUAUGUAAUGUAUAUUUAUAAUUAAUAAGCCAUUCUGCGUUUGUUGGUAGUGUUCA